UUCCAUCAUUCGUCGUUUCGAAUCCAUAGAAAGUUGGUCCCGAUUCUUGACAGCGAUGGUGGUGUAUCCUCACAAGAUCUAACGUCAGCUGUCAGGAGAGUGAGAGAGAGAAUGAGCUAGGGUUUCUUGCUGGUGAAUUCUGCCUUUGAACAAGCACUGGAGAGCUGGCGAGGAAUCAUAAUGCCGUUUACGAGGUACCAGAUACGUAGCGAGUACGGAUUGGCGGAUCCGGAGUUGUACCGUGACGCCGAUAAGGAUGAUCCCGAGGCUCUGCUCGAAGGAGUCGCCAUGGCUGGGCUCGUCGGCAUCUUGCGUCAGCUAGGUGACCUCGCCGAAUUUGCCGCUGAGAUGUUCCAUGACUUGCACGAAGAAGUAAUGACGACUGCAGCAAGAGGCCAUGCUGUGAUGGUUCGUGUGCAACAAUUGGAAGCAGAAUUCCCUUCCGUCGAGAAGGCCUUCCUGUCGCGGACUGAUUGUUCCCUGUUUUUUUCCAACACAGGUGUGGACUGGCGUCCAAAUGUGCAAUUGGAGCAGAGUUUGAUUACCCGUGGAGAUUUACCUCGUUGUGUGAUGGAUUCAUACGAGGAAUGUCGUGGUCCCCCACGGUUGUUUCAUCUGGACAAAUUUGAUGUCGCGGGAGCUGGGGCGUGUUUGAAGCGCUACACCGAUCCAUCAUUCUUUAGGCUUGCAACAUCAUCCUCUGAAGCAUCUUUGGCUGAAAUCCAGAGAGAGAAAAAAUCUCACAGAGCAAAGAAAAGAGGAUCAAAGUGGAGGAAUGGGGGAACACCUGAAAUAGCACCAACAUCGCAUGCCAAAUUGCAUGACCUGUUUCUUGAGGAGCGUGUACAAGGUGUUCAUGCAGAUCCAACACGCCUUGUGAAAUUGAAAACAAGAAAAUUGGAUGGAUAUGCACUUAGCUCAAAAUCAGGGGAAAGUUACAUGGAAAAGUUUGUGCAGAUGUCUGUAGAUCACGGAACAAGUUAUGAAAGAAUCGCUUCAAGUCCAGAACUGUUGACAUGGAAUAUGGAUGAUGCCAAAGAUUCGGUAACUGAAAUACCUGAAAUCAGUACGGUGGGUGAUGUGGAAAAAUCAUCACAAGGAACAGAAACAGAGGUUUCAUCACCAAAUGAGCAGGAGAAUAUACCAACAUAUAACUUGAAUGGGGAUUUCAUUGACAAAGACAUGGAGACAGUGCCUGAUUCUACUCAUGGUGAGGCAGAGGAGAUUGCAUCCUCUGUUUCUGAUAGAAUUGUUGAAAAGGAUUUGCAGACUAAUUUGAAUGGAGUACCAGAGAAUCUUCAGUAUACGUGUUUUUCUGAAAAUUUAACCAGCGAGGUCGACAAUUAUGUGGAUGCACCUGCCACCAUGGAGUCAGAAACGGAAAUAGACGAUGAUGGUAGACCUAGGAAUAGAUCAGAUGCUUUAGGUGUUGUAAAACAUGACUCAGAUUCUGAUGUGUAUGAGGACAAGAUCGAAGAUCCACCACAAUUUUCAGAUUCUCAAUCAGUCAGAAACACAUCAGCCUCAGAAAACGGGCGCAGCUUAUUUUUGAGAUGGAGAUCUAGUUAUUCUCAUUCCGAUGCUGCAAACAUAUCCACUGAAAAUGAUUUGUCUGAUGGCGAGAAAACUGCUGAAUUUUUACCUUCUACUGGUACUUGUAAGAGUGAGCCAGUGGAAUUCACAUCCGAUGUUACUCAUGGGAACAAGGAUGCUCAAGAGUCUGAUUCCGGCGAGCAGGAAUUGAUCAAUGGAAAUGAUGUGGACCGCCAGGCAUCAUGUACUUCACCUUGUACAAGUUCAAGUCCCAGAUCUGUCUCACAGAUUUCUGGUUCACAUUCCUCAAUAGUUCAAUCUUUAGCACAAAAUGAUCCGAAGAAAGGAGGCAGUGAUGAAAGCAGCACGGGCCCUGUUGAUUCUUCAACUUCAGGUACUCUUUUGGAUGUUACAGAUCCAAGCUUCUCUUCUGAAGUUUGGUUGGCUGUUUCAUCUUCUGAAGGAAACAGAUAUGACACGGCCAUUGACGAUACCACCAAAACAAAUUGUGAGGUUGAUUACAUGUCUGAAAAUUUAGCAAAUUCAACCACUGAUUCUAGACAGUCUGAUGUAAGUCCAAUGGAUCAACGAUCACCUUGCUUAGAUGACGAUCUUAUUGCAGCAGCUGACAUCCACUCAAACAACAAUCUAGAUGAUGAACGUGAGAAUGUGACGGUGACUAAGGUAAUUUCUGAAGUUCAUUCUCAAACUGCAGUUGCUGAUCUCUCCAAUGAACAUUCGCCAACAUUUGGCACCACUACUGAUGAUUUUGUUUCUGAGUCCCAUGAAGUUACAUUGGUGAAUGGAACUCUGAUGCCUACUGAAGUUAUUGACAGUAAGAUGACUUCUGACGUUUUCUCAGAAGAUAAAAAAUCGAUGAGAGAUGCUUCACCAACUUAUAGUACAAUAUCUGGUGAAUGCCAUUCCAGUUUUGUGGAUGAUAAUGGCUUCCAUGAUCCUGUAAGUUUGGACACUGAAGCCCCUGAUAUUGUCCUUAAAGAAGAGCUCGCUACGUCUGGUAAUGAUGCUGACACUGCUUGUAGCGAUGGUAACCAAAUAGAGAGUAAAUGCUCUUCUACUUCAACAUGUUCUCCACUUAUUAUUACAUCAGAUAAAACAUAUGAAAUUCCUUCUGGUGCUGGAGAGUUUUGCCGUGAUAAAGUUCUGGAGUCCGACAAGACAUUCUUGGCAGAAUGUAAUCCCGAGUUAGAGAGAAAUACGCAAACAAACCCACUGGAAGGCACUUUAGAAGGUCUGGAUAUUGUCCAGCAUUCGUCACCAGUUGCCCUAGACGACAAUGACUUGGAAAAUGGCGAGUCUUUAACUCUUCGGACAUCUCUAGAUUCCGUUUCGUUGGAUCUUGAGAAAUCAAUUGAGGUGCACAAGCUUUCAGCAAACCAUGUACUCACAGAUGAAGAAUAUUUGCGGUCUGAUGUUUGCCAAGGUUUGUCCUCAGAAUCAAACAGUUCCGCACAGGCCUUGAAUCAUGAAACUACUUUUCCUGGACUCGGUUUAAUUCCUAAGGCAGCUCCACCAUCACUUGAAGAGAUUCCGCCACUGCCUCCUCUUCCUCCUAUGCAAUGGUUUGUAGGAAAGGUCCAACAUUCUUCUAGUCCCGCCUUGUCGAGAGAAUCAGUUGAAAACAUUACGUCUCCUCUCUCAGCAGCGCCUCCUGUUGGAUCUAGCCUGAACACUCAAUUAGGGUUUUCACCAAAAACCCUAGAAGGUGGCCGAUCAGAACAAUUUCCUGCAGAGUUUGUGAACAAUGCAUCUGAAGAGCACAAUUCUGUCACCGACCAUCCAGUUCAAUGCCACGAGCUGCAUCACGAUAAACCAACAGAAGAUCAAGAUCUCAACGACAUGUCUGAGCGCAUUUCACGAAGUUCGAGAGAUUCUGACCGGUUCUCCGACACCAAAGCUCGGACUCCUACACAGUCAACAGAGGCGGAAGAGGAGGGUCAGUCUGUUCCUUGCGCUUUGGACGGAGAAACAGCCGAACCGUCGAGCUCAUCUGUUCAGAAGAUGCGUCCAGGUUCUUCUGUGGGAGAUGCAAUGUGGCCUGUCAACGCAUUUGCGUUGGCACCGAUCUCGAACUCCGAGAAACCGAACGAAAUUCCUACAGUAAAGCUUCCUCGGCCGAGAAGUCCGCUUGUUGAUGCAGUAGCAGCUCAUGACAGAAGCACGAUGAGGAAGGUGCCUGAGAGGGUACGGUUGCCUACAGAAUCAAAGGAAGAGGGUAAGAAUUCGUUCCUGGCGCAGAUUCGAAACAAGUCCAUUAAUCUGAAGCCAGCAGGGAUGGCACGACCUAACAUCCAAGCCGGCCCCAAGACAAACUUAAAGGUUGCUGCCAUCUUAGAGAAGGCAAACACUAUCCGCCAGGCAAUGGCAGGGAGCGACGAGGACGAUGAUUCAGACAGUUGGAGUGAUUCUUGAGAUCACAGCUUCCUGUUUCAUGCUGUUGUUUUACCCAAAACACUCGGUGCUUUUACCAGGUAAUUUAAUUUCUCAUAAAUGUAAAAAAAAACAUCACUUGUUUUUUUUUUUAUAGAAAUCUUUGGAUAUUAUACAUACGUAUACAUAUGUGUCGCUCUGUAUAGGUGCCUGCAGGUGUAAGUAGAAAAAAAAAAUAUUCAAGAAUUUUUGUAAAAGAAGCUUUGGGUCUUCUCAGUAGUAGACGGUGUAAUCAUCGGUGGUUUUCAUGCGUUUAUUUAUUACAGUAUGUUCUGUCUCCCACGUAAUGUAUAUAUAUUCCUCAUUCGUUCUCUUUUUUCUUUUCUUAUUUAUAAUAAUAAAAUACACAAGACAAAAGGAGUAAGAAGUUUAUUUUGCAGUUCAUCA